CUCCGCGCCCGUCCCCGCCGCCCCGGGGCGCGCCCCGCCGCAGAGUGGCCGCGGGGCCGCUGCCCGCCGCGCCUUGAUGUGCCCCCCGCUACCGCGCCCGCGGCUCCCAUGGCGGUGGCACGGAAAAUCAAAACUUUGUUGACGGUGAACAUCUUGGUCUUCGUGGGCAUCAUCCUCUUCUCCGUGUACUGCCGGAUCCAGGACCGCUCCCAGGAGCUGGUGCAGAUCGUCCGGAGCGCGGACCGCCGGGCCAGGAGCCGCGGUGCCAAGGUGGGCAGCCUGGCCGACAGGGAGUCCAUCCUGCAGCGCCUGGACCACCUGGAGGAAGUGGUCUACAACCAGCUAAAUGGUCUGGCAAAACCCAUGGGAUUAGUUGAAGGUCCAGGAGGCUUGGGCCAGGGAGGAAUGGCUGCUACCCUGAGAGAUGAUAGCCAUGAAUCAGAAACUAAGUAUGAAGAAUACGGUUACAAUGCCCAACUCAGUGACAGGAUAUCACUGGACAGGUCCAUCCCUGACUACAGACCAAAAAAAUGCAAACAGAUGACCUACCUGGAGGACCUUCCCCAGAUCUCUGUGGUCUUUAUAUUUGUAAAUGAGGCACUGUCUGUCAUCCUGCGCUCUGUGCACAGCGUUGUGAAUCACACCCCAUCACACUUGCUCAAGGAGAUCAUUCUGGUGGAUGACAACAGUGACAAUGUUGAGCUAAAAUUUAAUCUGGACCAGUAUGUCAAUAAAAGAUACCCAGGGCUGGUGAAAAUAGUGCGCAAUACCAAACGAGAAGGGCUGAUUCGAGCCAGAAUCCAAGGCUGGAAAGCAGCAACAUCUCCUGUUGUUGGGUUCUUUGAUGCUCACGUUGAGUUCAACAUUGGCUGGGUGGAACCUGCGCUUACCCGCAUCAAAGAAGAUCGAAAGCGGAUCAUCCUGCCAGCAAUUGACAAUAUCAAGUACAACACUUUCGAAGUGCAGCAGUACGCCAACGCAGCCCACGGCUAUAACUGGGGCCUCUGGUGCAUGUACAUAAUCCCGCCACAGGACUGGCUCGAUAAAGGGGAUGAGUCAGCUCCCAUCAGGACACCAGCCAUGAUUGGAUGCUCGUUUGUAGUGGACCGAGAGUAUUUUGGUGAGAUUGGCUUGCUUGACCCUGGUAUGGAGGUCUAUGGAGGAGAAAACAUUGAAUUAGGCAUGAGGGUCUGGCAAUGUGGAGGAAGCAUGGAGGUGUUACCCUGUUCCCGCGUGGCACAUAUUGAACGCACAAAGAAACCCUACAACAACGACAUUGAUUACUAUGCAAAGCGCAACGCCCUGCGGGCUGCUGAGGUCUGGAUGGAUGACUUCAAGUCGCAUGUUUACAUGGCAUGGAACAUCCCCAUGGCAAACCCUGGAGUUGACUUUGGAGACGUUUCUGAAAGAAUAGCUCUACGACAGCGACUGCAGUGCCGGAGUUUUAAGUGGUACUUAGAGAACGUCUAUCCUGAAAUGAGGGUUUAUAAUAAUACAGUCACUUAUGGAGAGGUGCGUAACAGCAAAGCUAGUGGCUACUGCUUAGAUCAGGGAGCUGAAGAGGAUGACAAAGCAAUCCUUUACCCAUGCCAUGGAAUGUCUUCUCAGCUUGUCCGCUACAGCUCCGAGGGUGUCCUGCAGCUGGGGCCACUGGGCUCCACAGCCUUCCUGCCCGACUCAAAAUGCCUUGUUGAUGAUGGGAAGGGCAGGACACCGACACUGAAGAAGUGUGAAGAUGUCCUGAGGCCAGCACAGAGGUUCUGGGAUUUCACACAGAAUGGUCCAAUCAUCAGCAGAGACACUGGCCGUUGCCUAGAAGUGGAAGUGUCAAAGGAUGCAAAUUUUGGGCUCAGAUUAGUUGUACAGAGGUGCUCGGGGCAAAAAUGGAUGAUUAGAAACUGGAUAAAACACGGCCGACACUGACUGCUGGGGCUCAGAAGUUGCCUCUCCUGCUGUUGUCGAUUGCUCAGUGUGCCAUAUCUUGCAAGGCAUUUGUCUUAAAGCAAACUAGUCUGAACUGGACUUGACUUGGCUCUCAAGUCCUCCGCAGCUGGGCAUUCAAAGUUAAAAAAAAAAAAAGACAAAGAAAAGCAGACACAUACAUGCCCUAUUUGACUCUUCCUUGCUCUGGUAGAUGACCUGGGAAGCUUAACAAGAGUUUUCUGUUGAUUUGGAAAUCCUGUGAAGAUCAGAACACAGCAGAAAAGUGGGUUCCCUAAGCUCUCCUAGAGAAACUGGCACACAGACGUUUCUGUGAUGAGUUGAAAGGAGAGAUCCCAAUACUGCCUCAUAAAGAGAGUUCUCUGAUGGGUAGCUUUUUAGCUUUAAGUUAUUGACUGGUGCACAACUCCUAUGGUGAAUAAUCAUGUGCCUUUUUUAUUGUACUUCGUAUAAAAGGGGACUGGUCAAAUCCUACCUUUUCAGCAUGUCUGGUUCAUUGUACUAAACAAGAAGAUCUGUAAAUAACACUGGAAAUAUAAUAUAUGAUAAAUUUCAAGGUUGAUUGUUUAGGAGUCUCUGUUUCUAGAAAGAGACUGUUCUGCAAAUGUUUACAGGUGGUUCUCAACCUUCAAGCUGCUAAAAAGCAGCAUUUUAGAGACCUCUUCUAGUUAGACACAGGUAAAUGUUGAAUAGGUAAAAUAGCCACAUGCUCCAUUAUACUGCCACAUUUUACAUCUCUUGGCUGUAAAGGCAUCACAAUAUAGCCCUUGCAUAUUUAACUGAGGCAGUAAAUGUCCUAGUAGAGGGAAGAGUUUCUAGAGGCCUCAGUUUGGCCCACAGUCCCCAAGUACCAAGUAAGGUCCCACCUGCAGUGCUGUGGAUGCAGGUACACUGUUGUGUUGCUCCAGAAACUGCCUUGGAAGCUGGAUACUCAUGACUUCUUUCCAGAAGGUGACAGCCUUAGGUGCCAUCUGUUGAAUGUAACAACUUGAAUCCUCCGUUUCAUUACCCAUCCUGUGAAAAUGUCAAGUGUGAGCAAAUAUGCUUUGUGAGCACUGUCUGAUUUUCUGAACAAACCAACAAAGUCUUUUUGGUAUUUGAAAAACAAAACCUAGUGAUAAGAGGGCAAAUUAGAGCAAGAACUAGGAGCAUAUAUAAAUACUGUUACUCUGAAAUACAAAUAUUUUAGUGUAGUUGACUCAUUGACAGCAUCUUUGUGAACCUGAAUUUAAUGAUGUGUACAGUGGUUCACACAGUAUCUGUGCACAGGUAGCCAGAGCAAUGACAAGGGCUUACCCUGAAGGCUGUCAGAGUUGAUGACCACUGUCAACAUCAGCAGGCUUUGGAUGCAGGUCCAUGGCAGACAGCUUUUCAUUUAGAGAAGAUUCAGUCAUACUGAAAGAGAGAGAGAAAUGGUAUCUGUUAACUUCACUGUUUAAUAUUUUAUAGUAAUUUUUUAAAGAAGUUUUGUUUUACUGAGCCAGGGAAACGGGUAAUUGCAGACCCUGUGGUACUGUGAAUCUUGGUGAUCUGUUUCUUGAACAACUUUUGCCACUUCUAUUUCAAGGCAUGCUGAACAAAACAGAAUGAAAACAAAGCCAAUUUUUCAAGGGUAUGAUAAAUAAUAAAAUACUUACUUUUAACGUGCAGAAUCCAUCAGUUCUUGUCAACUCUGGGUUGGUAUCUAGAAAGCAUAUCACUGUAUUUUGCCCCAAGUUUAUUUCUGAAAUGGAGUGUGUAAGAUGUAAUACAAAGCCAAUUCUCCAUGACUGUAUUUAUGGCUCAUGGCUAAUCUUUAAAUAGUCACAUGAUCAGGUUAUGCAUGAAUAUAUACAAAAGAAUCAUUCUGGGUGAAAUUCUAAAUAUAAAAAUGCUCUAAAAUUCUGUGUUUAUGGUUAGUUGAACAUGACCUCUUGAAUGGUGUAGUAAGACCUGCAGGGAGAGGUAGCAUCUUUAAUAAAUCAAGCAAUACAGUAAAAAAUCAUGGACAUGCUCAGUAUUCAAGCCUUCCUGUUGAUCCUCAACAGGUGGGAAGCUUCAGACUAAAUACACAUUGGGAACAGUUGCCCUGUAUUUAGCCUCCCAUUAGACAAUUUAAAAGGAUAGGUACCAUCACUGGAUCAGAUGUUGAACACUUUGUACAGGAGUUCUGUUGCUAAGAAACUUUUCAUCUUCUCUCCAGAUAGUUGCUUCCUUUUAAACUGUAUGAAAGGUGUAUUCUGUUUUUGUUUAGUCUGAUGGAGCUCUAUGCCUUGAAACAUUUUGGUGAGGGAGAUGAGCAGGCAAAAGAAGGGAAAGACCACGUUUGAGCUUUCUAGGGAGUAACAUUGCUGGUCAGUCACAUCAUUUGUAGUCUUUCCAGUGAGUAAAUGGUAACUAUUUUAUAUGAAGAUGGCUGAAAGCUGAAAGUAAUUAUUUAUCAGUGUGACUACUGAAUGCAUAACAGUAUAAAGUUACUAUACUGACCAGAAGCAAAUAUGCCACAUGCUUCCCCCCUUUUUUAUCUUCCUUGCCUUGAAUUGCCGAUAUACACUUGAUCCUCCGCAGUGGGGCAGCGAGCCUUCAAAUCCUGGGUAAAUGAAAAAGGAAGGCUUAAUAUUUGGAGGAAUACCAGGUUUUAAGUUUAGUAUCCUCAAAGAAAUGUUGCAUUUGUGGGUUUAGGGGAUUUGAAGCUGAGAAGACCAGAUAGAUGUGUGUUUGCUGGUAAAGGUUUCAGGCAAGUGUGGUAAGCCUUCACUAUGAUACCACCAUGACAAAUGUGAAUUGGUUUCCUUGGAAUUUUGCUACUGCUUUCAGUGCCCAUUGCAAAGCAUAUGGAUGUGGCCACACUGUCUGACAGAGUGGUCAGUCCUGGCAGGCCUGCAGUGCAGAUGCCACAGGCUGAAGAGAGCUAGUGAGAACCAGACUGUCCAUAUAAGAAGGAAAGCAGAGUUUCCUGAUAGAUAAAUGGCUCUGAGACUUACAGAAUAAUAAACAAGAAUUCAAAUAAGUCUUAAAUAUGGAGUUGGUAUUUUCUGAUUGUCAUUUUUUACAGAUUUACUGAAAUAAUUUCUUAAAUUUAAGAAACCACAUCUGUUGGAUUAUUUUUACUUUAGUCUUUAUCUGUGUGAACCACUGCUUUGGCUAUGGUAUAAACAUGGUGACUCUGCAUAUGAGAGGGUCUUAAAUAUUCUCUCAUAAAAGCAGUAAUAAUAAAAGAAGACUUGAGUAUUAUCUCUUUUAACCAAAGCCUAUGGGUUUUUUGUCAGUAUUUCACCCCUUAACUAUAAUCUGAAGUCCUGCUUAAUGUUUUCAAAUUAACAGUCUUGUUUCCCACAGUGCAAGAGUACAGAUAUUAUAAGUAUUUAAUGUAUGUCUUGUAGAGAAAAUCCAGCUAAAAAUCUUCAGUUGCUAUUUUGUUUGAUUUAGGAGAUUGUGAAGUUAAAUACUGUCCUAGGAGAGAAGAACAGAAGGUGAGAAAGAAUACCAAGUCUAAUACGCUGCUAGUGUACUAGAUAGGAUACUAGAUAGUAUAGUUUUACUGGCAAACCAGUAAAAAUGAUACUUUUCUAAUUACGUAAAGAACCCUAAAAAUUAGUAUGAGUCAUUCGGGGGUGGGAGGGGAAGCCCUUUGUCCUUUGAUAGCCAUAAACUGUUUUCCAAUCUUAAUUUAUUCUUGGCUUUAUUAAAGCCACUUGUUACUCCGCCAAAAUUGUCCUCUAGCUUUACUGGCUCACUGGUCCCUGAAGCAUGAUAACCUCCCGUGGGAAGCAGCUAAGAGAAAAAAAGAGCUAAAAAAAGUUUUGUUGAAGAACCUGAUGCAUUACUCUGUGAUUAUUUGAUGAUGUUGAAGGUCUCGUCCAGCCUGGUUGAUUCUAUGAUGUUAUGAAAAAUCUGUAUUGUGGGCAUCCAUGAGGCUUGAGAGCUCUUCAGGACGGUUUGCAUCCAAAUAGCAGAACUCUGGUGCCACAGAAGAGAACUAAGACAAAAUAUGGAAACAAACAACACGUCUUCAUACAUGUUCUGAAAGCGUGGAUCUUGUUUCAUUUAAAUGAAUAGUAUGGGGCUUGAUGUGUCUGACGAUCAGAUCUUUGCACUCCUUUGUAUUUCUUUUCAUCAGCCUACUCCAUUUUAAAACCCAUGGUCUAAUAGAUGAAAACCUCACUUGCCAUGUGACAAGGGGUGUAAUCUAGCUGACACAGGACAGCUGCAAUUUUAAGUACUUAAGCCAGAGCUAAUAAGAUUUAAUGAAAUAGCACCAGUCCUAAUCUGUUCUUCAGAUCAAUUACACAGCAUGUAAUUCCUUGAGUAUCCAGUAUUCAUUUGAAAUGCUUCAUUAACAGCCAUACUAAAACACAUUAUGGCUUGUUUUGGGUUGUAAGAAGAACUUUAAUAGAAGUUGGAGUUCAGGAGUCUGGCAUAUUGCUGUUCAGUUAGGACACAAAUACCUUUGUGGGUUUUGUUUUUUUUUCUCAUGAUAGGCUUUGGGAAGAAGAACAACUGUCAGAAUCUGCUUAACUGAAAAUGUUUCUAGCAAUGAUAUUACAUUUUUGACUACUGCUAUUGUGACUUCCUGCUGCUUACUGCUAAUCAAAGCUGACGGUGAGAUCACGCCACAGAUAAAAGACGGUAUUGCAACAGAAGAACCAGCUUCUGGUUCUAACAAGCUGGAUAGAAAACAGGUCUUCUCAUGUCUAGAUCUGGGUGGCAUCAAAGUCAACUUACUAUUAUGUUCUCUCUGGAAAGAAUCCCCAACUUAACACAUUAUUUUUAUUGCUUCAUCAGAAAUACCUGUUCAAGAGGCCACUGUAGCCAGUACCUCUUAAUCACAUUUUGCAAAUACAGUUUGUUUUGUGUGUGUAUAUGUAACAUUAGUGGAGUUAAGGUGAGAGCUGUUAAGUACUGAAUGCAUAUAAAAUACAUUAGAUCUACUGAAGUGUGUGCAUCAUGCAUUUACAUCUUUCUGUGGGGUAACCAGGAUAUUCUUGAAAAGCUAAUGCACUGAGUGCAUUCUGCUGGAGAUGGACUCUGCUUGCCUAGUGAACUGAGGGAGCUCAAGGAGUAAAUACUGAAAUUACAUAGUUAGUAGUUCUCAGUGAAUUUGGCACAAAAUGCACCAAUAUUUACAUCUUCUAAAAAGUAAUGAAUUAGCUUCAGGUUCACUCUUUCCAAUCAUCCUGGUUUACUCUAGUAACUGUUCAAAAUACCUUGUCCCUCUAAAGCUCUGGGAUGCUUAUGCAUGUGAAGGCAUUAGCUGUGUCCUCCCAAUGCCCCAGACAUCAGUGGUAUGAGAAAAAUAUGAUAAACAGUGAUGUCUUCAGUACAUUGUAAUGGAUUUUAGAAUGGUUUCACAAAAUGCACUGACUUGUAUUACAAAAGCAUUAAUGAUAUGUAACUAAAGGUAUUGAGUUGAUGCCCUAAGCAAAAGCAAUGUUGUCUUUGACCAGGAAUACUUACUCAUAAACAUGCCGGUGAAGCAGCAUCUGGCAACCUGAUUUUGAGGAAGAGAAUGUCUGAAUAAAGAGCAUUCCUCAAAGGCAUUGUAGAAGCACUUGUUACUUGGCACAGCGUUACAGUUUCCUAUUGGCUGUCAACAAGGAUUGUGUGGUUUUCAAACUCUUUGUAAAAAGUUUAAUUUAAAACAAUACUGCAGCAACUAGAAUGCAAGUUGUGACUGUGAAGAAUUUUUCAUUAUGUGGCACAUCAUCAAACCGGUUUGUAUUUACACUUGAAAAGAUAAUAAAUUACUAUGCAUUUUA